UUUUCCUGUUUCUUUCUGUGUGUGUGUGUGUACAAGCAGAAGAGCUAAGCAGAAGCUAAAGGAGCUACUGCUGCCCAGCUAGAAAGAGAAAACAUUAAGAGACAUGGUGACGGUGAUAUUCGCGUGGCUUGUUAAUAGUAUACAUUUCGUUGUACGUAAGAUAUAAAGUUACGAUGAUAACCGGUCAUGUUGAAUCGACGUAUUUAGUGGACUUUGUCAUUGAACAUAAGAUGCUUAAUAAAUAAUAGAUAUUAAAAGGCUAUAACUCGAAGGAGAGAGAAACAGGAGACACGGAAUAAGGAUAAGCUUGAUAGGAGUCGCUGAGAGAUAAUUUGAAUCAUAAAUAAAGAAACUGAUAAAAAAAGUAGAGGCCGAUUACAAGCAUGGGGGCAUUUUUAGACACACCGAACACUGAGAAGUACAACGAGCACGGUGCGGGCAAUGAUUUGCAGUACGGAGUUGCUAGUAUGCAAGGAUGGCGUAUGGAGAUGGAAGACGCACAUUGUGCGAUGACAGGCUUGGAGGGUGGCCUGUCCGACUGGAGUUACUUCGCGGUAUUUGACGGGCAUGCUGGGGCGUUAGUUUCCGCGCAUAGCGCGGAACAUUUGCUGGACUCAAUAGUAGAAACAGAUGAGUUCAAAUCCGAGGAUGUGAUAAAGGGCAUACACUCUGGUUUUCUGCGACUCGACCACAAAAUGCGCGAUUUGCUGGAGACGAAUAAAGACAAGUCUGGAUCAACAGCUGUUUGUGCAUUCAUAUCACCCAAACACAUUUACAUCGCAAACUGCGGUGACUCAAGAGCUGUACUCUGUAGUUCAGGGAGUCCCGUGUUCUCAACACGAGACCACAAGCCCGUACUGCCAGCCGAAAAAGAACGCAUCCAAGCAGCAGGUGGCAGCGUCAUGGUCGAGCGUGUUAAUGGUUCAUUGGCUGUGUCACGUGCUCUCGGUGAUUACGAGUACAAAAAUGUCGAAGGUCGUGGACCAUGUGAGCAAUUAGUAUCACCAGAGCCAGAAAUUUUUGUCCGCGAUCGGGACAUGGAGAACGAUGAGUUUCUAGUACUCGCGUGCGAUGGCAUUUGGGACGUUAUGACCAAUAAAGAUCUUUGCGAUUUUAUUUACUCAAGAUUAUUGCUCACUGAUGACUUAGAGGCUGUUACUAACCAGGUUAUUGAUACCUGUCUUCACAAGGGCAGCAGAGACAAUAUGAGCAUAGUAUUGGUAACAUUUCCUGCGGCACCCAAGCCAAGUAUCGAGGCACAAAAGAAGGAAGCCGAGUUAGAAACGGCCAUCGAAAGGAGAAUUAAAGAAAUAGUUGCACAACAAGAGGGUAAAGAUGGCUUCGAUUAUCUGGAACUGCUACGGAUUCUUGUUGAUCAAGAUCUACCGAAUCUACCCCCUGGAGGCGGUCUUCCGGCAAAACAACCACUCAUUGAACAAGUCUUUCGAGAAGUGUGUCCCGGCAGAGCGGAGAGCGUAAGUCUUAAAUAUGAAUAUCCUUCAUUUUAAUUUUAAUCUUAAUUAAAAUUACAAUUACGUCGUUACAUCUCACGUAAAUUGCAUACGAUAUUAUUUAAAUAUAAUAAUGUACGACUGUUAUUAUUUAAAUAAUUCCUACCUUCACUUAUUCGUGCUAAUUUUUAUUACAACAGAGUAUUUAGUAUUUGAAGCUCAUUUAACAUUUUAAUAAAUUUCCUUUUUCUUUUUUUUCGAUACUAUUUUACUUUUUUUCUAAGCCUGGGUACGUAAACCGUGUAAUGCUUUUAUAAAGAAAAUUUAUUGUCUCAGUGUAAUUAUUAAUUAUUGAUACAAAUAGUUGAUAAUUUUUAUUAUAUAUAACGAAUACGUUAAAUAUUUUGUCAACGAGUUUGCUUAUUUACAAACAGAUUUUUUUUUGUUUGUUUAAUAAUUAUUGUGCGAUUUAUCGACAACAAUGUUGACAUAAUGCUACUGCUUAUAUUUUUUAUCCAGUUUGUUUUGAGUGAAUCUGCGCUUUACUUAAUGUGGUGCGUUGUACUUUUUUUUUUUAUAUUAUUUAAUAUUAACAUCGCUAUCUACGAUAAAAUAAUUGUUGCUUCUACUUAAAAAUAUUAACGAAAAUGAAAAAAAAAAAAAAAACUAAAUAUUAAACAAUUAAAUUCACGGCAUUUUAUUAAUUAUUAAUUAUUAUGUUUACUCACUAAGUUGGAUUGUAAUAAACAUAUUCAUACAUAUUAAUGUCUAAUGAAUAAUAAAUCCAGCGUAGUGACUUUUGUAUCGCAUCAAAAUGAUGAAUAUUUAAAAAAAAAAAAAAUACAUCAAAAUAACUGAUGACAAAAAUAAAAAAAAAUAACAGAGUUAUUGCUCUGAUUUUGUUACAUAUAUAUUUUUAACUUCUUACAUUUGAUAAUUAUUAUUUUAUAAAAUAAUUUAAAGAUACGUAAUUAUUGAUUAAACACCAAGUAGAAUUUAUCGAGUACGUACAGGCGUACAUAUCAAAAAUAAUUGUAAAAAAAAAACGUUAUUUGUAUUAAGAGAUAAAAAAUAAUUAACAGUAUAGAGGAUAUAAAUGUACAAUUAUUUGGUAGAAAAAAAAAUAUUGUUGCAUAUUGUAGAUUUUUAUUUUAAAACAAAUCAAUAUAUAUAGAAAUUUAUCUCUAUCUUUCUCUGUAUGUUGACUAAACGAGUAUGUAAUAAUAACAUUUAAAUAUAGAAAUUAUAUAUUUUUGUAGUAUUAGUGGACAUGCACUUUAAGAAUAUGCUCAUGCAUUUUUAUUGGCUCAUCCCCUCUUAUUAACUACAAAUAAUUAAUAAUAAUAAUAAUAAUAAGCAAACGCAUGCAGUUAUUACGGCAAUUGGGGAAUAAUGGGCACACAAACUAAUCUUAGAUAAUAUAUAUACGUAUAUUAUACAUGUAAAAGCAAUGUCCACAUGUGUUUAUAAAUAUUAUCUUGAAAAUAUAAUUACAAGUACUAUAAUUAUUACAAUUAUAUGAAAAAAAAAAUAACAAAGACAGAGAGUGGAAUUGAAGGAUGAUGGAGUAUGUCUGUAGAAUUGUAGCACUGACGAGGGCCUUAAUUUUGAAUUUAACGGAUUAAUAUCCUUUCCAACUCCAUCCAUUAUUAAAUCAAUCAAUCGAUCAUUAACAAUUAACACUAUACUAAUUUAACUAAAAUUAACCUUAAGGACAAUCUAAGACGAUAUCCUACCACUUUUUUUGAAUUUUUCUAUGACCUUGUGCUGUAAUGAUUUUAUUAAUUAAUUCAUUUAAAAAAAUUAAGGCAAGAUGAGAACAAAGGACGAAAUUUUUUUAAAAAAAUUACUCAUAGUUUGUUUUAAAAUUAACUUAAUUAGUAUUUAAAGGAUGGAAAUAUUUGAUGAGUUGCAUGCGAAGUUCCCUUAUUUUGGCUACAAGUCAUUUUCAAAUUUUUGCUAAACGUAAUGAGAACCUUCGCGGGUGUCUAUUUAAAAAUUAGGGUGAGAAAAGGGGUGGACGUCUAAGAUUGUCCUAACAAUGGCAUAAUAUGUAUAUUAUAUUAAUUAAAAUUGAUACUAAUAAUAAUAAUUAUAAUAAUUAAUCAGAAAAAAAUUAUAACUAGUAGAUUGUCCAUUUUAUGGUGUUAUGUACAACCUUUAGGAACAGUUGGUGUUUAAAGUAGCGCAGAAUUGAAAAUAUAUAUAUAAAAAAAAAUGCCAAUUUGAUAUAAAUAUGUGGAGGAGUAAAUAACUUAUUCAAAUGAUAAAUUUUUAUUUUUCGUGAUUGAUAUUCAAAUAUAUUGUAAAAAAAAAAGUUAAUUGACUUAAAUUAUUUAUCGCUCGGCCAUCUUAUUUUAAACAACGAUUUUUUUGAGGAAUAAUUUAAUCCUACUACUUACAAUACGGGUAUUUUACGGUAAUUUAUAUCUAAUAUUUUUUUUUUUUUAUUUUAUUUAUCUGCUAAUUAAAUAUGCAAAUCAAGUGUUCUCAUAUAUUUUAUAAUCUUGAGCCUUUUUUUAUUAACAUACAUUUAUUUUUAUUAAUAAUUUACAUUCCUCGAUAUGGCUCUUAAAUAUAUAAAUUUGAGGGCAUGUUCAGAAAUUAACUCUGGAAGAGGAAGAUGCUAAUUCUACGGUCAUAAAUAUUAUCUGGUUAAACUAGAGGAAUAAUUUUACUAUCAUAGUAAACCUGACUUUCCAUUUGCUGAACAUAGUGAGACAUUUAUUAAACCAGGUUUUUCUGAACACGCUCUAAAUGUUUACAUUUAUUUUUAAACAUCCGGAAGCGUUGUAAUCAACAAUGCUAUUGAUUUAUAAAAAUGACAUUUUAUUGAUAAUCUUUUCAACAACUUUAUUUAUUUCCUUAUUUUUCCUCUAUUCAAAUAUUACCCGCGCUUAUUUUUAAAAAAAUGCUUUUAUUUACCCUCAGAAAAUUUCCUUGAUCCUUCCUAAUCCUUUUUCCUUUUCUCGCUCCCCAGAUCGCCAAAACGCAGAACGUCAAUCCGUAUCAAGUCGACAAAGCGAAACCUUUUUUCGACCAAGUCGCCGAUGACUUUUCAUUUUAAAAAAUUUAAAAACAACUUUGUUUGGUAUAAUUUAAAAAAAAGAUAUAUAUGUAUAAAUUUACACACUUAAAAAAUUUUUAGUGGCCGGUAGAAUAAUUGAUGGAAAUUCACGUACCUGAAAUUUAUUUUUGCAAUGCGUUUUGUCUAUCAAACUCAAAAAUUUUCUAAUCAUUGUUUUUUCUGUAAUGACUUUUUCUCUCUUACUAAAAGAAAUUAUAAUUUUUUCAUAAAUUAUAAUUAUUGUUUUGUCUAAUUACUUACAAUUAUCAUUAAUCUAAUGUAAUAUAUUACAUAUUCUAAAACUAAAGAAACACUCAGCAGUUUAAAAAAAUGAAUUAUUUUAAUAAAUUUAUAAUUAAUUAUUUUAUUAAUUAAAGUGCCAAAAUAACUUUUGUGGAAAUAAAAAAAAAUUAAUUGUGCCAACUGAUUAAAUGUAUCAGUAAUAAAUUUAAAUGAGAUACUAUCAAUAAUUGAAACUGAAACUAAUUAAAUUAAUUUCUGCUCAGUGUUUUUUUUUUUGUUUUAAUUAAAAUUAAUAUGAAUGCAUGUUAUAUUUAAAUAUACUUUUUUUCAUGAAUCCUUUGAGUGUAAAGAAAUUAGCACAAAAAUUCUGCUGAAGGCAGGAAAAUAAUUUUAAAAAAAUUGAACCCGCAUCAGUGCUCCAAAUAAAACAGCACGUUAAUAAAAUACCGCAACGUGUUAUAUGA